UCUUCUCUCUGCCCCACCUCACCUUACCUCAGCAGCAGCUCCAGCUCCAGUAGCCAGCCAGCCAGCCACACGGACCUUUACCAGUAACCAGCAGCAGCAGCAGCCAUGACCCUGCAGAAGAAGGACCCGGUGGAGGUGUUCGAUGCGGGCGCCAAGGGCCGCGGCCUGCGCACCACCAAGGCCCUGGUGGCCGGAGACGUGGUGUUCACCGAGGGCGCCUACGCCGCCGUGGUCUUCGACAGUAUGGCGCUGGACGUGUGCCACAACUGUUUCCGUCGCCAGGCCAACCCACACCGCUGUGCCCAGUGCAAGUUCGCCCACUACUGUGACCGCACAUGCCAGCGCGCCGCCUGGGACGAACACAAGAAGGAGUGCUCUGCCAUCAGGAACAUCGGCAUGCCCCCCAAAGAGAGCGUCCGCCUGGUGGCGCGCACCAUGUGGCGUAUGCAGAAGCACGGCCCUCGGGUGACGGACAGCCAGCUGAGCAGUCUGGACUGGCUGCAGGACCACCUGUCCGACAUGACGGAGGAGGAGAAGAAGAUUCUGGAGGCAGACGUGCAGAAGUUCAUGGACUACUGGCCCAAGAGCAGGAGGACACUUUCCAGAGACUACAUCGCACAUCUCUUUGGAGUGCUCAAAGUGAAUGGCUUCUCCCUGAGUGACCAGAGGGGUCUGGCGGCUGUGGGGGUGGGAAUCUUCCCUAACCUGUGUCUCGUCAACCACGACUGCUGGCCCAACUGCACCGUCAUCCUCAACCACGGCAAUCAGUCUGCUCUGGACUCUGCCCUCCACUCCCAGAGAAGGAUUGAGCUGCGUGCGAUGGGCCCCAUUGCCGAGGGCGAGGAGUUGACUGUGUCCUACGUGGACUUCCUGAACCUGGCGAAGGACCGUCAGAAGGCGCUGAAGAAGCAGUACUACUUCGAGUGCUCAUGCGAACACUGCACCAAGGGCAUCAAGGAUGACCUCAUGAUGGCCACCAAGGAAACAGCGGACAAGAAGGCUGCAGCAGAACAGGCAAAGGAGGUGACAGAACUGAGCGUGAAGACCUUUGAGAAGGUUGAGGAGGCACGCCUCACCGGGGACUUUGAAACGGUGGUGAAACUGUGUCGCGAGUGCCUUCAGAAGCAGGAGGCUCUGCUGGCCGACACCCACCUGCACCAGCUGCGUAUCCUCUGCACCGCCAGCGAGGUGCUCUCCUACCGACGCAACUUCAAGGAGGCCGCCGAGUGCGCCAACCGCAUGGUGGCAGGAUACUCGAAGUUGUACCCUGCCAACAAUGCCCAGAUGGGCAUGGCCAUCAUGAGGGCUGGCGUGACCAACUGGCACGCGGGCAACAUUGAGCAGGGCCACAACCUGAUCUGCCAGGCCUUCGGCAUCCUGAUGGUCACGCACGGCCCACACCAUCCAAUCACAAUGGACCUGGAGAUGAUGCGUACGCAGACAGAGAUGGAGCUGAAGCUGUACAAGCAGAAUGCGGCGGUGUACGAAAGUGUUCGGGAGGCGGCCCUGAAGGGAACGCCCCUCCCCGAGAAGAUCAAGGAGCAGGUGAAGGAGCUCACCAAGGAGAAGGAAGCAGCGAAGGAGCCGGCGAAGAAGGAAACGCCCCCACCCCCACCCGAACCGAUCAAGGAGGUCGCAAAGGAAACACCCCCCACACCUGAACCCGUUAAGGAGGAAGUGAAAGCUCUCUCACCCGAACCUGCGAAAGCGCUCUCUCCCGAACCCGUGAAAGCACUGUCACCAGAACCCGUAAAAGCUCUCUCUCCCGAACCCGCGAAAGCCCUCUCUCCCGAACCCGCGAAAGCUCUCUCUCCCGAACCCGCGAAAGCUCUCUCUCCAGAACCCGCGAAGGCACUCUCACCCAAACCCGAGAAAGCGCUCUCACCUGAGCCCGCCAAAGCACUGUCACCCGAACCCGCAAAGGCCCUCUCACCCAAACCCGAGAAAGCGCUGUCACCCGAACCCGCGAAAGCACUCUCACCCAAACCUGAGAAAGCUCUCUCACCCGAACCCGCGAAAGCCCUCUCACCCAAACCUGAGAAAGCGCUCUCACCUGAACCCGAGAAAGCGCUCUCUCCCCCACCCGCGAAAGCCCUCUCACCCCCACCUGCGAAAGCACUCUCUCCCCAGCCCGGGAAAGCACUCUCUCCCCAGCCCGGGAAAGCACUCUCACCCCAGCCCGGGAAAGCACUCUCACCCCAGCCCGGGAAAGCACUCUCACCCAAGCCUUUGAGAGCAUUCUCACCUAAGCCUGCUAAGUAGGAAGUCAAGGAGGCUGCCGUGGCCACACAAUGGACACGCACACACAUACCUGUACACACACACACACACACACACACACACACACAAAUACAC